AUGGUCGCCGACGACAAGCCCGCAUCCACCUUCAAGUAUAAUGAGAAGCCAGUCUAUACGACCUCCAAUGGCGCUCCUGUUGACAACCCGUCCAAGUGGCAGCGAAUCGGCACACACGGCCCGCUGCUGCUGCAGGACUUUCAUUUGAUCGACUUGCUGGCUCACUUCGACCGUGAACGUAUCCCUGAGCGUGUCGUUCACGCCAAGGGCGCUGGCGCCUACGGAGAGUUUGAGGUCACUGACGACAUCAGUGACAUUACCACCAUUGACAUGCUGUCGGGUGUUGGUAAGAAGACGCCUUGUGUUGCUCGUUUCUCGACAGUUGGUGGUGAGAAGGGCUCGCCAGAUACCGCACGUGAUCCCAGAGGCUUUUCCAUCAAGUUUUACACCCAAGAGGGUAACUGGGACUGGGUGUACAACAACACACCGGUCUUCUUCCUGCGUGACCCCACCAACUUCCCGUUGUUCAUCCACACCCAGAAACGCAACCCCCAGACCAACUUGAAGGAUGCCACCAUGUUCUGGGACUACCUCGCAACCCAUCAGGAGGCUAUCCACCAGGUCAUGCACUUGUUCUCUGACCGAGGUACUCCUCACGGAUAUCGCCACAUGAACGGCUACUCUGGCCACACGCACAAGUGGAUCAAGGCUGAUGGCUCGUUCGUGUACGUCCAGGUCCACUUGAAGACCGACCAAGGUAGCAAGACCUUCACCAACGAGGAGGCUGGUAAACUUGCUGGGGAGAACCCCGAUUUUGCUACCCAGGACCUCUUCGAGGCUAUCCAGAAGGGUGACUACCCAAGCUGGACAGUCUACGUCCAGGUUCUGACCCCCGAGCAGGCCGAGAAGUUCAAGUGGAACAUCUUUGAUUUGACCAAGGUCUGGCCUCAGGGCGAGGUCCCUCUGCGGAGAUUCGGCAAGUUCACUCUCAACAAGAAUGUUGAGAACUACUUCGCCGAGAUUGAGCAGGUUGCAUUUUCCCCGUCUCACCUGGUCCCCGGAGUCGAACCGUCGGCAGACCCUGUCCUCCAGUCUCGUCUGUUCUCAUACCCCGACACCCACAGACACAGACUUGGCGUCAACUACCAGCAAAUCCCGGUUAAUGCCCCUCUCAAGGCUUUCAACCCUUACCAGCGUGACGGUGCCAUGGCGGUGAACGGCAACUACGGUGCCAACCCCAACUACCCCAGCAGCUACCGACCUUUGACCUACAACCCGGUCCAGGCCACCAACCCUCACGAGAAGUGGGCUGGAGCUGCUGUGACCGACUUGUUCGACGAGGUCAAGCCUCACGACUACGAACAAGCAAAUGGCCUGUGGAAGGUCCUUGGCCGCCAGGAAGGUCAACAAGAGAACUUUAUCAACAACGUCGCUGGCCACUUAGCUGCUGCCCAUGUUGACACCCGAAACCGAACAUAUGAGAUGUUCUCGAGGGUCGCUCCUGAACUUGGGUCCGCCAUCAAGUCGGCUACCGAGAAGAACGCUGCCAGUCUGUAG